AAAGGCUGAUGAGAGAGAAAAACUCAUGAGGUUUUGCUCUUGGGAAAGUUCUUCAGUGGAUGGGAUCUUGGCUCACAGGGAAAGAUGUCAGGCUCGUUCUGGCUCUUUCUCAGCCUCGUUGCUGUAGCUGCGGCUCAAUCCUCCACAACUGAGGGAGAAGCCAGGGAAUUUUUGGAUAAGUUUAACUCUAAAGCUGAAAACCUGUCUCAUGAAAGUGCUCUUGCUUCUUGGGAUUAUAACACCAAUAUCACCGACAAGAAUGCCCAAAAAAUGAAUGAAGCUGACAGCAAGUGGUCUGACUUUUAUAAAGAACAGUCCAAGCUUGCCCAAGCUUUUCCACUGCAAGAAAUUCAGGAUUCUACAAUCAAGCUUCAAUUGCAGAUCCUUCAGCAAAAUGGGUCAUCAGUGCUCACAGCAGAAAAGAGCAAACGAUUGAGCACAAUUCUAACUACAAUGAGCACCAUCUACAGUACUGGAAAAGUUUGUAACCCAAAUAAUCCACAGCAGUGCUUCACACUUUCAGGCUUGGAAGACAUAAUGGAGAAGAGCAAAGAUUAUCAUCAAAGGCUCUGGGUUUGGGAAGGCUGGAGGUCUGAGGUCGGCAAGCAGCUGAGGCCAUUAUAUGAAGAGUAUGUGGUCCUGAAAAAUGAGAUGGCAAGAGGAAACAAUUACAAGGACUAUGGGGAUUAUUGGAGAGGAGAUUAUGAAACAGAGUGGGGAGAUGGCUAUAACUAUAGCCGCAACCACUUGAUGGAAGAUGUGGACCGUAUCUUUUUAGAGAUUAAACCAUUAUAUGAACAACUUCAUGCUUAUGUCAGGGCAAAGCUGAUGAAUGCCUAUCCUUCCCGUAUCAGUCCGACUGGAUGCCUCCCUGCCCAUUUGCUUGGUGAUAUGUGGGGUAGAUUUUGGACAAAUCUGUACAAUCUGACAGUCCCCUUUGAACAGAAACAAAACAUAGAUGUUACUGAAACAAUGAAGAAACAGUCCUGGGAUGCAGAUAAGAUAUUCAAGGAGGCUGAGAAGUUCUAUUUGUCUGUUGGACUUCGUAAUAUGACUCCAGGAUUCUGGAAUAAAUCCAUGCUAACUGAGCCAAGCGAUGGCCGGCAAGUGGUCUGCCACCCCACAGCUUGGGACCUGGGGAAGGACGACUUCAGGAUCAAGAUGUGCACAAAGGUGACAAUGGAUGACUUCCUGACAGCCCAUCAUGAGAUGGGACACAUCCAGUAUGACAUGGCAUAUGCCAAACAACCCUACCUACUAAGAAAUGGAGCUAAUGAAGGAUUUCAUGAAGCUGUUGGGGAAGUCAUGUCACUUUCUGUAGCUACACCCAAGCAUUUGAAAGGGAUGGGUCUUCUGCCGUCUGAUUUUUCUGAAGACCUUGAAACAGAAAAAAACUUCCUACUCAAACAAGCACUUAAUAUUGUUGGAACUCUACCAUUCACUUACAUGUUAGAAAAGUGGAGGUGGAUGGUCUUUGAGGGUAAAAUUCCUAAAGAGCAGUGGAUGGAAAAGUGGUGGGAGAUGAAGCGAGAAAUAGUCGGAGUGGUGGAACCUCUGCCCCAUGAUGAAACAUACUGUGACCCCGCAUCUCUGUUCCAUGUUGCUAAUGAUUACUCAUUUAUCCGUUAUUUCACAAGGACCAUUCUUGAAUUCCAGUUUCAAGAAGCCCUCUGUAAGAUAGCUAAACAUCAAGGUCCCCUGCAUAAAUGUGAUAUCUCAAAUUCCACUGAAGCUGGGAAGAAGCUGAAAGAUAUGCUGGAACUUGGAAAAUCAAAACCCUGGACCCUCGCACUGGAACAGAUUGCAGGAACAAAAGAAAUGGAUGCAAAACCACUGCUCAACUAUUUUGAGCCUUUGUUUAGCUGGCUGAAAGAGCAGAAUGGGAAUUCUGUGGGAUGGUCCGCCGACUGGAGUCCAUAUUCUGAGCAAAGCAUUAAAGUGAGGAUAAGCCUAAUAUCAGCUCUUGGAGAAAAAGCAUAUGAAUGGAAUGACAAUGAAAUGUACUUGUUCCGGUCAUCGGUUGCAUAUGCCAUGAGAGUGUAUUUUUCGAAAAUGAACAAGACGAUUCCUUUUAGGGCAGAGGAUGUGAGGGUGAGUGAUGAGAAAAAAAGAGUCUCCUUCAAGUUCUUUGUCACUUCACCUACAAAUAUAUCUGACAUCAUUCCUAGAAGUGAAGUUGAAGAUGCCAUCAGGAUGUCCCGGAGUCGUAUCAAUGAUGCUUUUCGCCUGGAUGACAACACCCUGGAGUUUCUGGGUGUUCAGCCUACACUAGGACCCCCUUACCAACCACCUGUCAGCAUAUGGCUGAUUAUUUUUGGAGUUGUGAUGGGAGUGGUAGUGAUUGGUAUCGGCGUGCUCAUCUUCACUGGGAUCAGAGACCGAAAGAAGAAAAACCAAGCAGAAAAUGAAGAAAAUCCUUAUUCUUCUGUGAAUUUCAGUAAAGGAGAAAAUAAUCCAGGAUUCCAAAGUGGUGAUGAUGUUCAAACUUCAUUUUAAAAAAAUCCAUUUUAUUCCCUCUUGAGGUGAUUUUUUAUUGCAUGUCAAUGUUAAUUUCACACUAAAGAAAAUAUGAGAUUAUAAAAAUGUCAUUAAACAUCAAAACCAUGGCUCUGUUCAGGAAAAUUGUCCAAAGAAGACAUGCCGAGGCCUAGAGGCCUCUUUACUUGCAUUGCUUUUAGUAUUUACUUCUGCCUCAAAUUUGAGAAAGUGUGUCUUUGGUAUUCCAGGCUGUUCAGGGGCAAUGGAAAUACAAAUGUUUGUUGUGUUGCUGGAGUUGGGGGGAAAUGGCGGGAGGAUUCAGUGUAAGAGCUAAUAUGGAGUCUGGAUGGAGGGCUUUUAAGAACAGUGAAUGUAAACUGAUGGAGCUGCAGAUAUUGAGAAUGACACACAUUGUCCACUUUAUUUUAAUUCAUGUGUAGAGUAUGACAUGUUAUCUUCAUAUCAACUUAAAUCUAAGUACAAUAGCAAUUUUCCCAGUCAUGAUUGGACUAGACCAUGUGUUUCUCGGGGUGACAAGGCUGAAGAAGAGAGAAGAAUCCAGAGUGUCAGAAGAUGUUGCCUUCUCACUUCCGAGCUACUUGAUCAUCAUCUCCCUGAUAAUAUUAAAGUAGCCUCUGGGGCCUCCAUGACACUGCCCCCACCUAGCAUACCUGGUAGAAACUCACUUCCAUUGUCCUCUUCCUAUGGAGUGAGUGGAAAUCCAACUGCAUGUCACCUCUGAAGUUGGCACUUAAUCUCUUAAAUCUUUUGUUUUAACCCACAAUGUUUGAGUAGCACUGAGCACAAAGCAUAUACUCAAUAAAUACUCGAUUUGCACACUC